AUGGAUGAUUCUCACAUACAUAUUCAGCUUAUUCAAGCAGUGAUAGCUGAGAUAUUAAGUCAAGUAGGUUUUGAAAAGGCUAACAAACAAGCCUUGCAAAUUUUGGUAGAUAUUGCUUUUGAUUUUAUGAUACGCUCCUUAGUAAAUGUUAAACAAAUCAUGAGUGAAGUUGAGUUUGGGGAAGCUUUAAAUUUACCAGCUGAAGAUAAGGAGACUGCAGCUGAACGGGGACCGAUUGAGGAGUUGAUGCAAAAGAUUUUGAUUACUGAGUACGUUGGUGGAGCUGGAUCUUAUCGUCGGGAGGAAUUAGUCUCAUUCUUACAGUUUCAACUUAACAUAACAAAACAGAUAAGGAGGGAGGAGGGAAGGAGUAAGGUUUCUCUACUGGAAAUGCUAAGACCAGGUGAAGAGAUUAAAGUACCAGAAGAAGACAGAAGUCUAGUUGACUUUACAGGUAAGGAAGAGGACGAGCAGAAGGAGUUACAAGAGAAGAAGUACUUAGACCAGGAUGUAAGAGAACACUUACAAGAACAGACUAAGUUGGAGUUACAAGCCUGUUGUCCUAUACUAGAAGGAGUAGAGGAAGAAGAUGUACCUUUAGACUUACCUAUGGCUAGUAUUACUAAGCAGAAGAGGGAGUACAUGAUCAGAGAAUCAUUAAGGGACUAUGAGUAUAUGCUGGGUAAGAAAAGGGCUAAUAUUAGGUGUUUUACGCCUUGUGAGUUUCUAGGGGAGAUUCCUUUACUAGAGGACUUGAUGGCUCUAAGUACGUUACGCCGGGCGGCCAGACGGGAUAAGGAGGGAGGUGAUGAUGAAGGCCAGUCAAAACCAGGCGUAUUUAAUCGGGUGGUGGACGAAGUAUCAGUUGAAUAA